CCGCCCAGACCUGGGAAGGCGAUUGCGGCUGACGGUGCGCAGCGCCACCGCCCGGGGCCGUGGGACGGGCUCGGCUGGCUCCGGCUGGGAGCCCUCGGAAUGUGACAACCGCUCAAUGCGAAGGGACCCCAGCAAUAUCUUCCGCCGAAGGUUGUGAGGGCGGACGAGCUGGGAAUGUAACCUGGGAAAUCUGCCACCAUCCCUCUGUUCAUGAAAAAUAAAGACGUGGCAGCAGAGGCGGUCACAGGUAGUGGCAAAACACUGGCCUUUGUCAUCCCUGCUCUGGAAAUCCUUCUGAGAAGGGAGGAGAAGUUGAAGAAAAAGCAGGUGGGAGCCAUCAUCAUCACCCCCACCCGCGAGCUGGCUAUUCAGAUUGAUGAGGUCCUGUCACACUUCACCAAGCACUUCCCGCAGCUCAGUCAGAUUCUCUGGAUUGGAGGCAGGAACCCCGGAGAAGACGUGGAGAGGUUUAAGCAGCAUGGUGGGAACAUCAUUGUGGCAACUCCAGGCCGCCUGGAGGACAUGUUCCGGAGGAAGGCCGAGGGCCUGGACCUGGCCAGCUGUGUGAGGUCCCUGGAUGUCCUGGUACUCGAUGAGGCUGACAGACUUCUAGACAUGGGGUUUGAGGCAAGCAUAAACACCAUCCUGGAGUUCCUGCCAAAGCAGAGGAGAACAGGCCUUUUCUCCGCUACACAGACACAGGAGGUGGAGAAUUUGGUGCGAGCCGGCCUGCGGAACCCUGUCCGCAUCUCGGUGAAGGAGAAGGGUGUGGCUCCCAGCAGCACCUGGAAGACGCCCUCCCGCCUAGAGAACUUCUACAUGGUAUGUAAGGCAGAUGAAAAAUUUAAUCAGCUGGUACAUUUUCUUCGACAUCACAAGCAGGAGAAACAUCUGGUUUUCUUCAGUACUUGCGCCUGUGUGGAGUACUAUGGGAAGGCUCUGGAGGUGCUGGUGAGUGGCACGCAGGUUCUGUGCAUUCAUGGCAAGAUGAAGCACAAGCGCAACAAGAUCUUCCUGGACUUCCGCAAGCUACACAGUGGGAUUUUGGUCUGCACCGAUGUGAUGGCUCGGGGCAUCGACAUUCCUGAAGUCCACUGGGUUCUGCAGUACGACCCUCCCAGCAGCGCCAGUGCCUUUGUGCACCGCUGCGGCCGCACAGCGCGCAUUGGCCAUGGUGGCAGUGCUCUGGUGUUCCUGCUGCCUAUGGAAGAGUCGUACACCAAUUUCCUCGCCAUCAACCAAAAGUGCCCCCUGCAGGAGGUGAGUCUGCAGAAGAACGUGGCCAACCUGCUGCCAGACCUUAAGGCCCUGGCCCUGGCCGACAGAGCUAUGUUUGAAAAGGGCAUGAGAGCCUUCGUGUCCCACAUCCAGGCCUACGCCAAGCACGAGUGCAGUCUCAUCUUCAGGCUAAAGGAUCUUGACUUUGCCAGCCUUGCCCGAGGUUUUGCCUUGCUCAAGAUGCCUAAGAUGCCAGAACUCAGGGGAAAGCAGUUUCCAGAGUUUGUGCCUGUGGACAUUAAUACAGACACAAUUCCAUUUAAAGAUAAAAUUAGAGAAAAAAAAAGACAGAAACUAUUGGAGCAACAAAAAAAAGAGAAAACAGAAAAUGAAGGGAAACGAAAAUUCAUAAAAAACAAAGCAUGGUCCAAACAGAAAGCCAAAAAGGAAAGGAAAAAAAAGAUGAGUGAAAAAAGGAAGAAGGAAGAGGGCUCUGACAUUGAAGAUAAGGACAUGGAGGAACUCCUUAAUGACACGAGGCUCUUGAAAAAAUUAAAAAAAGGCAAAAUCACUGAAGAAGAAUUUGAGAAGGGGUUGUUGACAAGCGGCAAAAGAACAACGAAGAUGGCAGAUUUAGGGGUCUCUGAUUUGGAAGAUGAGUGCUGACUGUAGAGCCCCAGCUGGCUACCCACUGGGCACAUCCUGUUCGGCCCACCGCAGAUCAGGCCAGGGACCCCCGAGGGGAAGCUGGCCCUGCCCUGUCUGAGGAGAAGGGAGGCAUUGUGACUGUAAAACUUCCUGUCUUGAAGUGUGACAGAAGCAGGACAGGAUGCCUUGGUGCACAUAUAGCUGUUGGUGUCUAUUCCGAUUGGUCCCGUCUUCUGAGAGUGUUUUAUUCAUUUUAAAUGUAAAGGUACUGACAUAUAUCUGGCUUUGGGCUUUUUAAAGUUCUAAGGAAUUCUAGGAACCUGCCCUUCUUGGCCUCUAUGCCAGUGUCUCCACCUUCUGGGCUCCCUUUGUAUUUGCUACCCUGCACUGAGUA